AUGCCGAACGGAGGUAUUUCUGAUUUUGGCACCAGCCAGCAGGCUUACUGGGGAUAUGCAUCCCAAGAGCCCCUGACUGCGGGAGGCGGAUAUUACAAGAUCUGUUGGUGUGGCGGGGGCUCCGUCUGUGCGACACCUGAAGAUUUCAAGGUUCUGGUUGGGACUUUGGUGGUGGUUGGGCCAUAUCUAGGGCAGGAGCGCACCUGCACUCUUGGCCAAGUCGCCGCCUUCGACAUUACUGGCGUGGAGCUGGAUGCCGGCGAUCAGCUGCAGAUUCUGGAUACAUGCGGCCUGAAUUUGACAAUGGCUGGUGUUCCUCAAGGUGCAGCCUCGGAUUUACAGCCUUCUGCCUGCUAUGGACAUGUGGGUCUUGGUGUUUUGGAUGCAUUGCAUGCGCAUGGAUCCGGCCUUACAGGCAAGACCCAAAGCGAAUGCUGCGCCCUGUGUCAACGAAGCCUGUACUCCGACUGCGUCAUAUGGGUAUACAGGCCCAGUGACAUGACCUGCUUCCUGUAUCGCUCAGUGGCAAGGGUCGAACGCCAAGAAGACCGAGUCCUGGGCGUCGUGAGUGAGUGGGGCACAGCACCAAACCAACUUGUGAUGGCCACAGUGCUGACUGGCCAGCGUGUUGGUGCUAACUCCACAGGCCCCUUCCGUCUGUAUGUGUGCCGCUCAAGUCAGGAGUGCUUGUUCACCACUUCUUUAGAUUUGAGCAACCUGGACAUGGGCUACCAGACCUUCCAAACAGCAAUUCUGUGGCCUACUGGCUGGGACUGGAGUGGCAUCAAAAUCUUCUCAGACACCGAAGACCGCUGGUUCCUUGAAGGCUUGGUUGUAACAGCACUGGGCGUUUCCUGGAACUUCACCUACAGCGGAUGGAUUGAACUGGGCGCAGAAGUCUACCUCACAAGAGCAGCGCCGUCACAAUACGCUUUUGGAGGCGCAUGGGGCGCAGAGACUGUUUCCAUGGCCUCAGGUGGACAGUAUCGCUUGUGCUGGUGUUCGGGAAGCGCUGCCUGCGACUUGUUCGCUGCGGAUGCCGGUGCCUUGACGAUCGUUGGACCUUCACCACUUGAACAGCACCAAACCUGCAUAACAGGACAGCCUUGCAACAUUUUGGGCCUUUCGGGCUUCGCUCUGUCAGCAGGUGACAAGGUAAUGGUGCUGGAUACUUGUGGACAGACUGGCCUCAGCUCAUCUGGCAUGAUUUGGGAUGGGGCAUCAAUGACUCAUGCGAGCCUGGUCCCUCGUUUCAGUUCUGCGUGCCGAAGCCCGAUGCAGUGCCUGAGAGACGUGCCAUGCGAUAAUGAUAUGCACUCCCUCUACGAAAAAACGGCGCUCGGUUGUGGGAUUUCUGAUGCUGCUGAGAAUGCUGGGGCAGACUUAUCUUGGGGCGGAGGCGCAGCGUAUCCGACCCCACCAGGCGGAUCAUACAAGGUUUGCUGGUGUGCAAACGGUCAGACUUGUUCGAUGUUCGAGCACUUCAAAGUUGAGCUUGGGGGCCUGACGAUUCUUGGACCCAGCUCAAUGGAGCAGCACCGAACCUGUGUUGCUGGCCAGGCAUGCGUUGUCAGCAACAUCGCAGGCCACGGCUUGCAACAUGGAGACAGGAUGAUGGUCUUGGAUGAUUGCGGCAAGACCUCAUACAAACCUAUGUGCCCAUAUCAUCCUCUCGAGAACGAAGCAGAGUCACUGUCGCCGGGCUACAAUGCUACCUUGGCCUUACAGGGCUGCGGAGUUGUCACGGACCGGUGGCCAGGAUCCUCCUAUGGUACUGGAGUUUUACAGCUGGCAAUUUCCGAACCAGCCAUCUCCUCGGCACAUCCCUGCGGGUCCUCGAUGAAGUGGAUACCUUACCACCCAGACAGCCGGUGCUAUUCUGUGUUUUCCAGCCAGCUUACAUGGGAUGAUGCCGAGGCAGCGUGUGAUGCAAUCUAUGGCGGGCACUUGGCGAGCGUUUCUUCGCAGAAUGACCUGGACUUCCUGGUUGAAUGGGUGCUGGAUCCUACUGUAGCCUACUGGAUUGGCUUGAAUGACCAAGCGGUUGAAGGCACCUUUACAUACACUGAUGGCAGCACCUUUGCCUUCUCCAACUGGGGAGUGCAUCAACCUGCUCUGACCCUGUCGAAUAAUGAGGAUUGCGUGUACCUGCUGGGAGAUGGCACCUUCCAUGAUGAUGCAUGCACUGUGGCCCGCACAUACCUAUGUGAGCGCGAUGGUGCCUUCAGUGGGGCAGUGAACGGUGAUGAAUUCCGUUUCGGAGGCUUUCGGACCGCCCGAGAGAAUCUAGUACCGCCUUCUAGUGCUGGCGGCCAGUAUCGCAUGUGCUGGUGUCCCUACGGCUACCAAUGCAACGACCCGGCUGAUUUCCGCAUGGAUUUCGGGGACAUGACCCUUGUGGGGCCAUCGCCUUUGAACCAGCACAAGACGUGCGUCGCUGGGCAACCCUGUGAGCUGUGGCCACUCAACGGCAUGUUCCUGCAGAACAAUGACCUGGUUCACAUACUGGAGACUUGCGGUGCUUAUGUCAAUGUGUCCAAGUUUGACCACUUCAGCAGCACGUCAGAUUCCGGGCUGCACCUUCCAAGGUUCCCAAGCAACGGUGGCAUACAAUCCCUUUCCCAAGGCGCCACAAAUAGUGGGGCGUCUGUCUCCUGGGGCAGUGUACCGAUCACUGCAAUGGGAGGUCGUUAUCGCAUGUGUUGGUGUGCUGCGGGGUAUUCAUGCAGCGCUGUGCCGGAGUUCCGUGUGGAUUUCGGUCGUUUCGAUCUUGCCGGUCCUGUGCCUUUGGAUCAACGGCGCACGUGUGCGUCUGGGCAGCCCUGUGCGUUUACCAACAUCACCGGGCUUCAUUUACAAGAUGGGGAUCGCAUCAUGGUCCUCGACACAUGCGGCAGGGCUGGCCUCAAUGUUGACUACGUGCCGCGUUUCGUUGGAGACGCAGUUGGCUUCCCGGGACAGCCGCGUGGCAUCUCCGAUGCGGCCACCGAAGGUGGCACUGCCUUCGCGUGGGGUGGUGAGAAUGCCGUUGCAGUUUCCGCCAAGGGAGGCCUUUACCGGCUUUGCUGGGCUGCCAACGGUUUCCCGCAGGAAGUUCCUUCGGACUUCGGCGUGGACAUUGGUGCCAUCCAAAUUCUUGGGCCUGGCAGCUUCCAGAACAACAGGACUUGUAUCAGCGGCCACGUGUGCUCGUGGAGUGGCUUCAGGGGCUUUGGAUUAGAGGAUGCCGAUCGCAUCAUGAUCCUAGAUGAGUUCGCCACCCAGUGCAGCACAUUCAAGGGUGCGAACUUGGGCUACGAUCAUCCGGAGAAUAUCUUGCCACGAUUUCCCUGGCAGGGGAGGCCACACCGCAGGGAAGCAAAGCAAAUAAGUUCCACCACCUCAGUGACGCUGGGAGCAUAUGGCCGCCAGGUCGCUGCCAGCGUCUAA